UUAAUACUCCGGACUUAACUCUGUUUAAAAGCCUUCCACCAAGCCAUAUCCAGUACACAUUUGGAGAAACAUCGAACAGGACCAUAUAUUCCAUUGCACAUACAAUAGAUCCAUUCAAGAAGUGUUGAAUGGGAUCUCGAUCAAUAGUACAUCUGUGCAACUUUCUUGACGUUUCGCAUUUUACCUAGUUUUCAGUCAGGGACCUUUUCCCUUUUUGUAUUAUUUUUCAUGAUGGCAGCUGCUGGAGUGGAUUCAAAAUCAGAAGCUACAGACACUGUGCAGGAAACCCCUGAACAGGAGCAUAUCUUCAACAUGAUGAGUUACUCACAGCGUGGACGAAUGGACGAUCAGUGUUGUGCCUUGAAUCCUUCUAAAACCUCACAAACCAAAACCUCACCUACAGGUUCAGACAAUAAGAACUUCCUCAGUACCUCGGACAACAUGCAGGGACGCUUUAAUGACCAGGAACCAGGGAGUAAUAACCAUCAUGGCUCUGCACCUCAGAUCUCCGUGACAGAGAGUACUCCAGAUAUGAACAGGAAGCUCCUGUCAGUGCCAGACAACCAAUUACAGGUUCCCCCUCAGCGUGACCGCUCCAAUUCCAUAAAGGAAGAGACACCUGAUGAGCAACAAAAGUUCAUGAAUAUGAUCAGCCACGGCCAACGUGGGCGCAUGGAUGACCAGCGCUGCUCCUUGAAUGUUUGCAGGAGUGCUCCCUGCACACCCAAACACACAGACAGAAAGCCUGCUGCAAGUACAAUAAACACAGCCUCAGAUUCUGAUAUGUUCUUCAGCCUCUUGGCCAACACUCAGAGCAGACGGCUCGAUGACCAGCGAGUAUCUCUUGCAUCAUUACCAGGAUUACAGAAAGAAAAUCCUAAAUCCAUGACAGAAGAAGAUUCAAACGACUUGAGUGACAUCGUCUCUAAAAUUCAGGGUUCCAGAAUGGACGACCAAAGGUGCUCCCUACCCAAGAUCCUGACCCCCGAGGCCCAGUCUUCAAAGGAUAAGAUUGGUUCAGGUCCUCCACGUUCAUCCUCCUUCAGCCCUGGCUCAGACAUAGAACGUGCAAAGAGCAAAGAUAAAGCAUCUUCAAAACAGGUUUUGACUCCAACUGAACAGGAUGAUUUUUUUAGCUUCAUGAGUCAUGCCCAGCGUGGGCGAAUGGACGAACAGCGAUGUGUCUUAAACCCGAGUCCCAAGUCCACACCUAAACACAAGCCCACUGAGAGUACAGCGCCCAAAGGUCCAGAUUCUGAAAAGUUCUUCAGCCUGUUGGCCAACUCUCAGGGCCGACGGCUUGAUGACCAGCGAGUAUCUCUUCCUUCAUUGCCAGGAAUACGGAAUGGAGGCACAACAUCAGCUGCUGCAGAGAUGGAUGCAAGCCACUUGUGUUACAUGGUCUCCAAAGUCCAGGGCUCAAGGAUGGAUGAACAGAGAUGUUCUGCUCCCCAAAUCUUACAGACUAUAGGUACCCCAUCUACUCAACGCAGGGACCAUCCUACUUCAGACACAUCUGAUAAAUCUCCCAGAAGGACUGGCCAACAGAAAGAGGCAUCUCCAGCUGAGCAGGACCAGUUCUUUAAUAUGAUAAGUCAUGCACAAGGUGGACGUAUGGAUGAGCAACGCUGCUCUUUACAACCGAGCAGAAGCACUCCUGCUACACCCACACACAAUGGAAGUUCUUUAAAUAAUGUAACCACAGGUGCAGAAGCUGACGCAUUCUUUAAAAUCAUUGCCUCCAGUCAGGGUAGACGGCUAGACGAUCAGCGUGUUGCACUUCCAACCCUGCCGGGGAUUCGUGGGAAUUCUGAAGGAAAACAAACUGGUCAUACAAAAGCUUCUGCCCCACACAUUACUGUGGCUGAAAGUACACCAACAACACCAAGGAAGGACCGCUCCAGACCCUCCUCUCAACCCCAAAUUGCAGAAUCUGGCUCCCCCAGAGCCAUACCCAAGUCUGCCUCAUUUAGUCCCGGGUCAGAAUAUCAGAAGCAAAAUUCCCCAGGACAGCUUACAGUGAAGGUGUCUAUGAGCUUCACACCACAACAGGGACAUAAGAAUAUGGACCAGCCAUGUACAUUCCCAGAAGUCUUCCUCACUCUAGGAGCCCCAGGGGAUAAUCUUGUGAUCCCUCUGAGUCCAGCACCUGGCAGACCCCUUUCCUUCAACUUAAACCUUGUCCCAAAAGAAGGUGUUACAUCCAGGCACUGCUCUCCAAGCCGUGCCAGUCCCAGGAAGGGCCGCUCAAGGCCAUCAUCUCCCAACCAAGGAGCAACCAAUGAACAGGGGAAUGUCUUGACCAGGUCUAUCAGCCCAGAUGACGACUGCUUCUCUCUGAUUGAGAAGGUUCAUACAGCCCAGCUGCAGAAGGGGAUGGCUCAAGGAGAACAAAAAUGGAAAGGGGAUCCUGGAAAGGGGAGGGAAAAGGCAGAGCACGGAAAAGGAAAGGGGGGUGGAAAGAAAGAUAAGAAGGAUGGUGGAAACAAACAAUAGGUAUGAGGAAUCAAUGGAAAUGAAAUAUGAAGUGUUAGUAAUUGGUAAAAAGAAGUUUAUCAGACAAUUUUUAUAAAAUUGUAUUUGUCAAACCCACAGUAAGCUGGGUAAGCUAUUUGUUGAGGCAUUUAUUUAUUUGUUUUUCCUCUUUGAUAGUUACAUGUUCAAUAGGUGUACAGCAUAUAUUGUUUAUUUUGUUUCGAGCUCAGUUAUGUAGUUGAGAUCUCAUUGCUUUACUUUUUUAAACAAACACUGUUGAAUAUACUGUACUGUUAAAGAUAAUACUGAAUUGAUACUUUACUGUAUUGAUACUAGCUGCUCUUCCAAAGAGAGAAAUUGUAAACAGGUUGGAAUUACACCCAUAACUCUGCCAAACUGUGUGAAACUAUGAAGAAAACAGCAAAACAAUAAAC